UGUGACCACCAUGUCGGCGCUCUUGCUUCUCGUGAUCACCGCCGGCUUCCUGCUCUACUUUAAGCUUCGAUGGCACUACGCCUUUUGGAGCCGCAGGGGCGUGGCUGGCGAAAAACCCAUAUAUUUCAUUGGAAAUAUGAAAGGUUUUGGAAAGGAACUACACUGGACCGAUAUCAAUAGUAGAAUCUACACCAAGUUUCACGGAAAAGAACGCUACUGCAGUUACUUCACCUUUAUGAACAAGGCUCUGUUUGUCAUGGAUCUGGAACUGAUCCGGAAGAUAAUGAUAAGUGACUUUACCAGCUUUACCGACCGUGGACUCUUCCACAAUGUUAAGGAUGAUCCCCUGACUGGGAACCUGCUCUUCCUGGAUGGACCCGAGUGGCGUUGGCUACGUCAGAACCUGACGCAGGUCUUCAGUUCCGGCAAAAUGAAGUUCAUGUUCCCCAAUAUGGUUCAAGUGGGCGAGAAAUUGACGGAGGCGUGUCACCUCCAGAUCGGUGAGAUCGAGGCCAAGGAUCUGUGUGCACGCUUCACCACUGAUGUCAUUGGGUCGUGUGCCUUUGGACUCGAGUGCAAUAGCCUUCAAGAUCCCGAUUCGGAAUUCCGGCGCAUGGGCAGAUCGGUGACCUCAAAUCCUCUACAUGGAGUCCUGGUUCAGGCUUUUAUGUUCACACAGCCAAAACUGGCCAGGAUGCUGGGACUGCGUCUCUUUAGGCCGGAGGUUAGUGAGUUCUUCUUGGACACCGUGCGGCAAACUCUGGACUACAGGCGGCGGGAGAACAUCAAACGGAACGACCUUAUCCAGUUGCUCAUGGAACUGGGAGAGGAUGGGGCCAAGGAGGGCGCCCUGUCCUUCGAGCAGAUUGCCGCCCAGGCCAUGGUCUUCUUCUUGGCUGGCUUUGAUACCUCCUCUACCACCAUGGCUUUCUGCCUGUAUGAACUGGCCCUGAAUCCCGACAUCCAGGAUAAGCUACGUCAGGAGAUCCUAUCUGUGCCGCAGCUCAACUACGAGUCCUUCCAGGAUAUGCCCUAUCUGGAGCAAGUAGUGUCCGAGACGUUGCGCAAAUACCCAAUACUACCGCACUUGCUGAGACGAUCCACCAAGGAAUACUCCGUUCCCGAUAGCAAUUUAACCUUGGAGUCGGGCACCAAGAUAAUGAUACCCAUACACAGUAUUCACCACGAUCCGGAGCUGUAUCCGGACCCCGAGAAGUUCGAUCCGAGUCGCUUUGAUCCGGAGGAGAUCAAGGCCCGUCAUCCCUUUGCUUACCUGCCCUUUGGCGAGGGACCACGGAACUGCAUCGGCGAAAGAUUUGGGAAAUUGCAGGUGAAGGUGGGAAUCACUUACCUUUUGAGGGACUUCAAGUUCAGCCGAACGGAGCGUACUCAAAUUCCCAUAAGAUUUUCUCGACGCACUUUCUUGAUAGGAUCCGAGGAAGGAGUCCACCUCAAGAUGGAGAGGGUUGCCGUUUCCUAAAAAUAUAUUUAAUAAUUAUAACUUUUCAACAAUGGAAUGCCUAACAAAGAAAAUUCUUAUCUAUGAUAAACUGUGGCUCUAGAUUGCAUUAAUUCCUAAAUAUAUUUGUGCCUAUCUGUAUAUAUAUUUAUAUGUAUGUACGUGUAAAGUACACAACAAAGAACAAUUUCUAAUGGGGCAAAAAAGCUGUCUAUGUCUCUGGAAAGCUUAGUAAUCAAAACAAAAUAAACAAAAACAGGGCAGAACUAGACAAAACCCACU